CCUGCACGUCUUGGACGAAACUCAUCCGACAGGUGUGUCCCUUCAUGUGUAUAAAGACAGAUCCCAGCGCAGCGUUCAGACGCAACAUUUUCAAGCGACAUCAACCAUGUUUCAGCUCAUACUGGUGGCCGCUGUGCUUCUGGGGGUAUACGUCCUCCUCGUACAGACUCUCUUCAAAAGGUCCAAAUGCAAAGGAAACGCCUCGAUGUGCGGGAAGACCGUCAUUAUAACAGGAGGAAACACAGGCAUCGGUAAAGCCACGGCUUUGCAUCUAGCCAGGAAGGGGGCCAAAGUGGUCCUGGCUUGCCGAAACAAGGACAAAGCUGCAACUGCCAUUGCAGAAAUACAAAAGGAAACUGGAAGCACAGAAGUCUUCUACAUGCACUUGGACCUCGCCAGUCUGAAGUCUGUCCGCUCCUUCGCCAACACAUUUCUGAAAAAUGAGCCUAGGCUGGAUAUGCUCAUCAACAAUGCUGGUCUGGUGGCUGAUGGGCGGACUGAGGAUGGAUAUGGCAUUGAGUUUGGGGUGAACCACUUGGGUCACUUCCUGUUGACCUGUCUGUUGUUGGAGAGGAUGAAGAAGACAGGGGGGGCACGCGUGAUCACCCUGGCCUCCAUGGCUUAUCGCUGGGGACACAUUGACUUUGAGGCCCUGGCUGCAAACAAAGACUUGGGAUCGGGCAGGUACAGCUGGCAGUUCUUCCAGGCUUAUUGCAACAGCAAACUCUGCAAUGUGCUUUUCACCCAUGAGCUUGCCAAGAGGCUGAAAGGAACUGGUGUCACAUGCUACAGUGUUCACCCAGGUGUUGUUCAGACUGAGCUGUCCAGAAACGUCAGCCUGUGGCAGAAGAUUUUCAUCCAGCCUGUGGCCUGGCUGCUGUUCCUGGACCCAGAGACAGGAGCUCAGACCACACUGCACUGUGCCUUGCAGGAAGGAAUCGAACCUCUCAGUGGGCGUUACUUCUCCUGCUGUGCUGUAGAGAAUGUGUACGCCCAUGCCCGAGAUGACAGUGUGGCCCUGAAACUGUGGGAGGUCAGCGAAAGCCUCUGUGGACUCUCAUAAAUGUGUAUACCUUACAGUGGCUGUACAGUCCAUGACCAAUGAACUCUGUCUGUGAAUGUCAUUCUGUCCUUUCUAAGUGUAUCAGUGUGAUACCUUGGCAUAGCCAUGCUGUGUAUACAUCUAGCAUUUCUCAAAGUACAUCAUUUUAAAUCAUUUAUAAAUACAAGCUUAGAAACUUACAGUAUGUGGAGGAGUUUGAGGCACAGGAGCUUUUUUUUUUUUUUUUUUUUUU